AUGGAUGCCGGGCUGCCGGCCAGCCAGGUUUCCAAGAUGGCAACUGCCAAGCGUGAACAGAGUUUCACCUCAGAGGAGGCCGUUCACCACAGCAAGGUCUCCAUUGUAGGAGUCGGAUCGGUUGGUGUGGCCUGUGCCAUCAGCAUCUUAUUACAAGGUCUGAGUAAUGAACUUGCCCUUGUGGAUGUUGAUGAAGGCAAACUGACAGGGGAGACAAUGGAUCUUCAACAUGGCAGUCCUUUCGUGAAAAUGCCAAGUAUUAUCUCCAGCAGAGACUACUUUGUCACUGCAAACUCCAACAUAGUGAUUAUCACAGCAGGUGCACACCAGAAAAAAGGAGAAACACGCCUUGAUUUAGUCCAGUGAAAUGUGUCCAUCUUUAAAUUAAUGAACCCCAAAAUUACCCAGCACAGUCCCCACUGCAAGCUGAUUAUUGUUACCAAUCCAGUGGAUAUCUUAACUUAUGUAGCCUGGAAGUUGAGUGCAUUCCCAAAAAACCGUGUUAUUGGAAGUGGCUGUAAUCUGGACACAGCCUGUUUCCAUUACUUCAUUGGGCAGAGGCUUGGGACCCACUCUGAAAGCCGUCAUGGGCUGGUCCUUGGUGAGCAUGGAGACUCAAGUGUUCCUGUGUGAGUGAACAUUGCUGGUGUCCCUCUGAAGCAGCUGAACUCAGAUGUAGGAACUGAUGAAGAUCCUGAGCAGUGGAAAAAUGUCCACAAGAAAGCGAUUUGCUGUGGCUAUGAGAUUAUUCGAACAAAAGGUUAUACUUCUUGGGGUGUUAGCCUAUCUGUAGCUGAUUUAAUGGAAAGUAUUUUCAAGAAUCUUAGGAGGAGUAAUUCUGGUCUUUACUUUCAGGGCUUCUAUGGGAUAACUGAAGAAAUAUCUAGUGUUCCAUGUAUCCUGGGACAGAAUGGUAUCUCAGGCCUCAUAAAAGCAAAGCUGACUGCUGAGGAGGAGGCCAGGCUGCAAAAGAGUGCAGCAAUAUAG